AUGAGUCCGCCCUGCACGGUGCACCGCCUGCCUCAGGAUGGACUCAAGCAGCCCGGGGAACCCAACUGGCCUCCCUCUACACCCACCACAACUGGUCCUCCUAGCGGGGUCCCUCCCACCCCUGGCUCUGCUCCAUCUCCUCCAUCUUACUCCCAGCCCCCACCCUGCCAGCGGGUGCGCUGUGCUUUUCUUUGCGGCUUCCCGGGUGCUGAGAGUACAGUUGUCUACCAUCACGUCCAGCCACAGCUGACCUUGGAAGCGGAGAUCACAGCGGGCAGACAGGAAGGGAGGGACGGGGCCAACAGUGAUGACCUUGGGACUGUGGAGCUCCUGGGCCAGCGGAGUCCAGCACCGUCUGCAGAGGCCACACAGGUGACCCCGGAGCUCUUUCUGCAGCCCUUGUGCUUUGUGAGCGCGAGAGUGGGCCGGUCGGAGGCAUUAGUGAGGGCUGGUUUCCUGCAGCCCCUCUGCUGCCCUUCCUUGCUUUUUGUUUUGCGGUGCUGGGAGGGAACCAGGGCCUCGCAGGUGCGCUCGCCUUGGAGCCUCGCAGCCUCCUCGGACCUCCUGCCUCCUACCCGCAUCUCGGCAUCCUUCCACCUCCGAAUCCCGGUGUGGGGCCACGCCCCUGCCCGCCUACCGCAGCUCCUGGGCCCCGCCCUCUAUGCAAAUGAGCCCCCGCUGCCCCACCAGCUCUCGAGGGCGUGGCCGCCGCCUGGAAGACACCUGCGGCCACCGGCUCCGGAGCUCAGAGCGGAGGUGGCCGUGGUCCUCGCACGAGUCCCGGGCAGCAAGAUCAUGGCAGGAGACCACCCUACCCGGGCCUGUGUCCCCGUCUGGUCCCUGGCGCACGAUCAGGUCACAGUCCCUGGGCUGUCAGCAUGUGACCCGGUGGCAGCGGUACUUUCACGGGCAUGGUCUGGAGCUGCAGAGGUUGUGACCCAGGUCCGUGCUGCCCCCGGCCACAGACCGGAGCCAGAAAUAGCUGAGUCCUCUGCCUGGCCUGGCUGGAAAGCUUCACUUGGAAGGUCAUGGUCUGUGGACCCUUGGCAUUUGGGGAAGAAAACGCAAGUAUUCUGUGGUGGCGCACGCCUGUAAUCCCAGCGCUCGGGAGGCUGA